UAGGAGCAGCCAGUCCUGCAUGGAUAUCACACAUCUUUCUGCACUGAAACAGAGAGUGAAACCAGCUACACAACAUUUAAGAGACGUCACAAAGAAGAGGUCCACCGCUACAGAUACCUGACAGGAACCAAUCAGAGAUGAAGCUCCUUGUAGUCAUCCUCGUCAUCGUCUGUCUUACAACAGCCUCUGCUUGGCCGCAUCAAAAGGGCAAAGAUUCCUGGAGGGACAAGCGUAUCAGGGAUCGCAGACUGGAAGAGAUGAAGGAAAAGGUUUUGAGGUGGUUGUGUCGGGACUCAUCCAGCCAAGAGGGCUCUUCAGAUCAGUCACCGGAAUCAAGUGAAUCUGAUGAAGAUUCAUCUGAGGAAAAUUCAGUCACGACCACCACCACCACCACCACGACUACAAGAGGCCCGACCACCGUGUCCACAACAACAGCAACCACAAAACAGACAACAGUGUCAACCCUGGCAACAACACCUAGCAGUGCAACCCAAAAUAGUACACAGGCGCCACCAACUGCAGCUCCUAUCACAGACAACAGAGGAGACAACUGAUUCCUGUUGAGAGAUUACAACUAUUCACACUCUUAUUUGAUGAUAUACCUGUCUGGGUUCAAUAGCAAGAGUUAAAUACAACGGGCAUCAUGAUUUUAGGGAGUAAAUCAUUAAAACUAUCAUAACUACUGAUAGUGAUUGAAGCCAAAGAAUGUAAAGAUCAAUUAGAAUAUCCAUCCAAAAAAAUGUAACCAAAAGAUGUGCUGAAGCUCUGUGACUUAAGAUGACAAUCACUAGGCACUCAAUUUUAAAAAUACAAAAACUGGUUUUUAAAUUCUAGUUUCAUCCAAUUUUUUUUGCAAGUAUUUCUGCAAAAAUUGAAGACUUAUGUACAAAGAUCCAAAAUGUGUCUUGCUAGAAGGGAGAAAAAAAAGGCUUUUUAAAACGUUCUGAUGAUGAGUCUACAAUGGCUACACCAGGUAUACAAGCUGCAGCCAAAUUUUCAGAUUAAAAGAAAGGCAUUAAACAUGCUUGUACAAAUGGAUUUUAAAUGCCCAUUCAAAUGUAUUAUCAGAAAUAAUGUGAUUGUUUUUUUUUUCCCUUGAUGAUCAUAUGAGGAGUCUCAGCCAUCUGUUUGAAGACCAAACCACUGAGUACUUUCUUAUGUUUAUUUAGUAUGAACUGAUCAGGAAAGAACACAAGAUAUCUUUGUGGAAUGUGCCAAAUCCAGUAUUUACAUAGAUAGGCCUUUUGAAGUAUUCUUCUUUACUUUUUAAACAUUUUAUGAAGGAUCCCCUACAGUUUAAGCUUCUUAUUGUAAAGUAGAUAGCAGAACAGUGUCCCUGAAGUUUAUGAAUUAUGCACUGAAAUUUUACCCCACAGCAGUGUGAGCACACACUUUAAAGGGUGUGUCCUGUUUUUCCUGUUAGCUCUUGUCUUUUGUCAGCACAUGCUGAGUAACAACACCCCAGUUAUCACCAGUGGGUUGCCUUAAUUAUGGGCUGUGAAUUCUUCUUUUCCAAAAUUAAAUAUGGUUAAGGGGCUGAAGGAAAUAUUUUAAUGGUUAUGGUUUGUUUCUUUUUAAACAAGUGAUUGCUUUAUUUCUGGAUUUAAAGUCUGUCUAAAUGUGACAAUUUCACCACUGUUCUUUCUUCUACAAAAAAUAAAGUAUAUUACACGCA